GUCCGUUCCAGGCCGACUGGCAGUCUCCGUUCUACAUUAACGUCAGCACUCCCGUUAAAAAGAAUGCAUCUCUCCCAUGCCAGGAGGACUUAGGUGCUGCUGAAGACCAGCCCUCCGGGUGCUGCCAGGCCGGCGCUCACCCGCCACCUUCAUCUUCCCUCCUCCUUUGCCCCAGGACAGCUGAGGAUGUGUGGUCAUGCAGCCUGGGCCCCCAUGCCGUGCAGCUCGCACAUAUGUGGGGCAGAGCAGCCACCCUGCCACCAGCAGCAGCCGUCCAUCGUCAGACGUGAUCAUUUCCUGAGGCCUCGAGUGUGUCAGGGUGUUUGUGCCUCAUAACAACCCACAGGAUGGUCACCCCCGCUUUGCAGAUGAAGAAACCAAAGCAGUUUUGCCGAAGGAUGGGGCAAAAGAAGCAGCGACCAGCUAGAGCAGGGCAGCCACACAGCUCGUCCGACGCAGCCCAGGCACCUUGCCCCAGGGAGCACUGGUUGGGACCGCCCACCACUCCGGGCCCGUACCGCAGCAUCUAUUUCUCAAGCCCAAAGGGCCACCUUACCCGACUGGGGUUGGAGUUUUUCGACCAGCCGGCAGUCCCCCUGGCCCGGGCAUUUCUGGGACAGGUCCUAGUCCGGCGACUUCCUAAUGGCACAGAACUCCGAGGCCGCAUCGUGGAGACCGAGGCAUACCUGGGGCCAGAGGAUGAAGCUGCCCACUCAAGGGGUGGCCGGCAGACCCCUCGCAACCGAGGCAUGUUCAUGAAGCCGGGGACCCUGUACGUGUACAUCAUUUAUGGCAUGUACUUCUGCAUGAACAUCUCCAGCCAGGGGGACGGGGCUUGCGUCUUGCUGCGAGCACUGGAGCCCCUGGAAGGUCUGGAGACCAUGCGUCAGCUUCGCAGCACCCUCCGGAAAGGCACCGCCAGCCGUGUCCUCAAGGACCGUGAGCUCUGCAGUGGCCCCUCCAAGCUGUGCCAGGCCCUGGCCAUCAACAAGAGCUUUGACCAGAGGGACCUGGCACAGGAUGAAGCUGUAUGGCUGGAGCGUGGUCCCCUGGAGCCCAGUGAGCCGGCUGUAGUGGCAGCAGCCCGGGUGGGCGUCGGCCAUGCAGGGGAGUGGGCCCGAAAACCCCUCCGCUUCUAUGUCCGGGGCAGCCCCUGGGUCAGUGUGGUCGACAGAGUGGCUGAGCAGGACACACAGGCCUGAGCAGAGGGCCUGCCCAGACAAGAUUUUUUAAUUGUUUAAAAACAGAAUAAAUGUUUUAUUUCUAGAAAA